GCCGCUCUUCUGUCGCUGGAAGCAUGCGACGAUUGCUGGACAGCAGCUGGAUAAAGUUUGGACCUGCUGGAAGAGAUGACUGGGUGUCCGGGUCCCCGUUGCCGCCGACCGCAGAACAACGACUACAGGGUUACCACUGGAACGAGCUCUCGAGCGAAAACGACGCAAAAUCGGAGCUUAUCCUGUACGUCGUCCUCCCGCUCGUCACGCUCGUCGCGUUCGGCGUCGCGUUUGUCCUUCUCUACCGAAGGUUCAGGCAGAGCAAGCUCGGACUGGCCAACAUCAUCGCGCUGGACCUGCAGGACCCGGAGCGCAACGCAGAGAUCCUGUCGUCGCUCACCGGGAACGCAGAGCGGCUCAACAGCUCCAGCUCGGACUUGUCUGACGGGGUUUUCCUCAUGGUUUACCUCCCGCCGCCCUACGAGGACACGCUGACGAAGAUCACCCGGGCCGCCAGCCUCAGCAGCGGGAAAGACGUCGAGUCCGUCAAGAUCGAAGACCUCGAAGCCAAACUGUGUCCAGAACUUAAGUCCAGCAGGGAGUUUGUCUGAGACAGAAGUGCUAAAGAGACACCGGGGCUAGUUGUCACAGAGACACCCACCCCCCAAAACAAAACUGAACCAUCACCAAAAAAAAAAAUCCCUUGCAGACAUUACAAACCAUUACAAAUGGUUCCUGUUGUUUGUUUUGGGACAUGUUCCAUUAGGAUUUAAUGGUUUAACAAGCCACCGAAAGAAGGUGUCCCAAGUACCAGUAGACUUACAUUACAGUUUCCAUUCAAACCAAUAGAGCUCUCAUUAUAACCAGUAAAACCAUUACAAAACCUGUGAUGGUGUCUGUCUUUUUUACAGCAGAGGGUGAAAGUGACACAAGGGCUAUCUCCGUUUUUCAGAAGUCGUUGCCUGUUGGUUGAAUUCUAAUCUACAAACUAAACGGAGGAAAAACUUAAAAGUACGUGCCUGACUUUCAAAAAUAAACAACUGACAACUAGCCUCGGGACCCCUAUAGCGAAGACAUCGUCUCAUUCUGAACUGAACUUUGCAGGGAUUUUUUUAUACUGUAACAUAAUAAAGCGAUACAGAAUGAAACAUCUUGAUGUUCUAUAUUAGAUUUGCAUUACAGCGGUGUAUUGCGCGCAUCGACAUGAGAGUAAAUCUUUGUGCUCGUAUUUAUAGGCUAAGUAAUCGCCAUAUACUGCCUAGUUAGACACACUUUGUGUUGUACCACAACUUUUAGUAGAAACAACACCCGUAUGAUGUCACUUUUUAUAUCUGCAUGACUGCAUCAGUCCUGUUUUGGAUUUAAAUAUAAAGGCA